UGAGGGACGGUGGGCGCGGGGUCCGGCCGGGCGGACGCUGGGGCUCCUCGUGGGGAAACCGAAGCCGGGACCCGGAGCGGCCCGACUGGGCCCCGCUGCCGCGCGGGCCUCUCGUCGGCUCCUGCUCGUCCCGGGGGGCUGAGAGGGGCUCCGCGUGGGGGCAGGGGUCACAGUGGCCGCAGCGGGAGCCGCCGUCCGGUCUGCGGCUGCGGUGCCGGGCCCCGCGCUGACCACCGCCUCGUGUCCUUCUACUUCACCUUCACGGCGGCGCUGCGCGGAACCCUUGGAGAACUCAGAGCCCAUUGUGAAGGUCACAGCUGUGAGCUCUGUUGGCAGUAGCAGUGGUCUUUUUAUUUUAUACAUGUGGAGCACGUGUUCAGUCUCUGCCAAGGCUCAUUUCCACUGCCUGCUGGGCCCUUCGGGGCCUUCUGCCAGCCUCUCAGGAGCCACGUGGGCUGGCACUGCCCUGCUGAUGCUGGGCAUUGCUGGGCGACGCUGGGCGGUGUGCCGAAGCCUCUGACUAUGAUUCGAAUCGCAGCCUUAAAUGCCAGCUCCACGGUUGAGGAUGAUCAUGAAGGAAGCUUUAAAAGUCACAAGACCCAGACAAAGGAGGCGCAGGAAGCAGAGGCUUUUGCCUUGUACCACAAGGCCCUGGAUCUGCAGAAGCACGACCGGUUUGAGGAGUCCGCCAAGGCCUACCACGAGCUCCUGGAGGCGCGCCUGCUGCGAGAGGCAGUUUCGUCUGGUGAUGAGAAGGAGGGGUUGAAACACCCUGGGCUGAUGCUGAAGUACUCCACGUUUAAGAACCUGGCCCAGCUGGCCGCCCAGAGGGAGGACCUGGAGACAGCCAUGGAGUUCUACCUGGAGGCGGUCAUGCUGGACUCCACGGACGUCAACCUCUGGUAUAAAAUCGGACACGUGGCCCUGAGGCUCAUCCGGGUCCCCCUGGCUCGCCAUGCUUUUGAGGAAGGGCUGCGGUGCAAUCCUGACCACUGGCCCUGCUUGGACAACCUCAUCACUGUCCUGUACACCCUCAGCGAUUACACCACUUGUCUGUACUUCAUUUGCAAAGCUUUGGAGAAGGACUGCCGCUACAGCAAGGGGCUGGUUCUCAAGGAGAAGAUCUUCGAGGAGCAACCGUGUCUCCGCCAGGACUCCCUCCGGAUGUUCCUGAAAUGUGACAUGUCCAUCCACGAGGUGUCGGUGAGCGCGGCCGAGUCGCAGGCCAUCAUGGAUGAGGCCCUGGGACUUCGGAGGAGGCGGCAGGCGCUGACUGUGCACGAGAAGGAGCCGGACCUGAAGCUGGUGCAGCCCAUCCCCUUCCUCACCUGGAAGUGCCUUGGGGAGAGCCUGCUGGCCACGUACCACCACCUCACCACCUGCGAGCCCCCGCGCCCCAGCCUUGGCAAGAGGAUCGACCUUUCCGACUACCAGGACCCCGGCCAGCCCCUGGUGUCCUCUGCCGUGGUGGCACCUGUCAGCGUGAUCCAGCCGAGCCCCGUCAGCGCCAACCCCGAGGUGACCGUGGCAGAGCCCGUGCUCUCUUACGCCCCUGUGGCCACGGCCAGCUUCCUGCUGCACAGCCCCAGCCUGUUGGAGACGGGCAUCCCUGCGGGUGAUGUUUCUGGGGGAGAUAAAUCCAAGAAAGCGGUGAAGCGGAAGAAGAUUUCUGAGGAGAGCGGGGAGACGGCGAAGCGGCGGUCUGCCCGCGUCCGAAACACCAAGUGCAAAAAAGAAGAGAAGGUGGACUUCCAGGAGCUGCUGGUGAAGUUCUUGCCGUCCAGGUUAAGAAAGCUGGACCCCGAGGAGGAAGACGACCCCUUUAGUAACUACGAAGUCCCGUCAGAAGCCAAACUGGAGAACUUCCCAAGCGUUGGGCCCCACAGGCUGUCCUUCGACUCAGCCACGUUCAUGGAAUCUGAGAAGCAAGACGUGCACGCCUUCCUGCUGGGGAACCUGAGCAACGGGGGCAUCCUGGAGCUCAUGAUGCGCUACCUGAAGAGCAUGGGCCACAGGUUCCUGCUGCGCUGGCCGCCGGGCCUGGCAGAGGUCGUGCUCAGCAUCUACCACAGCUGGCGGAGGCACAGCGCCAGCCUGCCCAACCCGCUGCUCAGGGACUGCGGCAACGGGCACAUCCAGGACAUGAUGCUGAUGUCCCUCUCCUGCAUGGAGCUGCAGCUGGACCAGUGGCUGCUGACCAAGGGCCGGAGCUCUGCAGUGUCUCCUCGGAACUGCCCUGCGGGUGUGGUGAGCGGCAGGUUCGGGCCCGACUUCCCGGGAGCCCACUUCCUGGGGGACCUCCUGCAGCUGUCGUUCGCCUCGUCCCAGCGGGACCUGUUUGAGGAUGGCUGGCUGGAGUUUGUGGUCCGCGUGUACUGGUUGAAGGCGCGGUUCCUGGCGCUGCAGGGAGACAUGGAGCAGGCCCUGGAGAACUAUGACAUCUGCACGGAGAUGCUGCAGAGCUCCGCUGCCGCCCGGGCUGUGGCCGGAGCCGAGCAAAGAGAUGUCGUGAUCCGCCUGCCCAACCUCCACAAUGACUCGGUUGUCUCCCUGGAGGAGAUUGACAAGAACCUGAGGUCGCUGGAACGGUGCCAGUCACUGGAGGAGACUCAGCGGCUGUACGAGGCUGGCGACCACCGGGCCGUCGUGCGCCUGCUCCGCCCCACCUUGUGCCCCAGUGGGUUUGACCGGGCCAAACACCUGGAGUUCAUGACGUCUGUGCCUGAGAGGCCGGCCCAGCUGCUGCUGCUGCAGGACUCCUUGCUCCGGCUGGAGGACCACCGGCAGUGCUUCGAGUGCUCUGACGUGGCUCUGAAUGAGGCGGUCCAGCAGAUGGUUAAUGCCACUGAGGCUGCCGCCAAGGAGGAGUGGGUGGCCACGGUAACCCAGCUGCUGCUGGGCAUCGAGCAGGCGCUCUCAGCAGACAGCAGCGGCAGCAUCCUGAGGGACUCAUCCUCCGCCGCUGGCCUCACCCGGCUCACCAACAACCUCAUCCAGGUCAUCGACUGCAGCAUGGCCGUGCAGGAGGAGCCCAAGGAGCCCCACGUGUCCUCGGUGCUGCCCUGGAUCAUCUUGCACCGCAUCAUCCGGCAGGAAGAGGACAGCUUCCGCUCCCUGUGCCACCAGCAGCAGCUCCACAGCCCGGCAGACGAAGUGACAACCGAUCUGCCCAUGCUCCCUUCCUCCCUCAUGCUGCUCAACACGGCCCAUGAGUACCUGGGCCGGAGGGCCUGGUGUUGCAACUCCGACGGGGCCCUGCUGCGAUUCUACGUGCGCGUCCUCCAGAAGGAGCUUGCUGCAUCCACCUCUGAGGACACUCACCCAUACAAGGAGGAGCUGGAGACAGCCUUGGAGCAGUGCUUCUACUGCCUGUACAGCUACCCCAGCAAGAAGAGCAAGGCCAGGUACCUGGAGGAGCACUCGGCUCAGCAGGUGGAUCUGAUAUGGGAGGAUGCCCUGUUCAUGUUCGAGUACUUUAAGCCCAAGACCCUUCCUGAGUUUGACAGCUAUAAGACCAGCACCGUGUCCGCUGACUUGGCCAACCUCCUGAAGCGAAUUGCCACCAUCGUGCCCCGCACAGAGCGGCCAGCCCUGAGCCUGGACAAAGUCUCCACCUACAUCGAGGGCACCUCUGCAGAGGUGCCCUGCCUCCUUGAAGGGGCUGACCCCUCCCCUCCGGUGGUGAAUGAGCUCUACUACCUCCUGGCCGAUUACCAUUUCAAAAACAAGGAGCAGUCCAAGGCCAUCAAGUUCUACAUGCACGACAUCUGCGUCUGCCCCAAUAGGUUUGACUCCUGGGCGGGCAUGGCCCUGGCCCGGGCCAGCCGCAUUCAGGACAAACUGAACUCCAACGAGCUGAAGAGCGACGGUCCCAUCUGGAAGCAUGCCACACCCGUGCUGAACUGCUUCCGGCGGGCGCUGGAGAUCGACAGCUCCAACCUGUCCCUGUGGAUCGAGUUCGGCACCAUGUCCUAUGCCCUGCACUCCUUCGCCUCACGCCAGUUGAAACAGUGGAGGCCCGAGCUGCCCCCUGAGCUUGUGCAGCAGAUGGAGGAGCGGCGAGACAGCAUGCUGGAGACCGCCAGGCACUGCUUCACUUCGGCGGCGCGCUGCGAGGGUGAUGGGGAUGAGGAGGAGUGGCUCAUCCACUACAUGCUGGGCAAGGUGGCUGAGAAGCAGCAGCAGCCGCCCACCGUGUACCUGCGGCACUACCGGCAAGCCGGCCACUACCUGCACGAGGAGGCGGCCCGCUACCCCAAGAAGAUCCACUACCACAACCCCCCCGAGCUGGCCAUGGAGGCCCUGGAGGUGUACUUCCGGCUCCACGCAUCCAUCCUGAAGCUCCUGGGGAGGCCCGACUCUGGGGUCAGUGCGGAGGUACUGGUCAGCUUCAUGAAGGAGGCUGCAGAAGGGCCCUUCGCCAGGGGCGAGGAGAAGAACGCGCCCAAAGCCUCAGAAAAGGAGAAGGCCUGCCUGGUGGACGAGGACUCCCACUCUUCAGCUGGGACACUGCCGGGCCCCGGAGCCUCCCUCCCCUCCUCCUCUGGCCCAGGUCUGACAUCCCCACCUUACACAGCCACUCCGAUUGACCACGAUUACGUCAAAUGUAAAAAACCCCACCAGCAGGCGACGCCGGACGAGCGCAGCCAGGAGAGCACGGCCGUGGCGCUCUCGGACUCCAGCUCGACGCAGGACCUCUUCAGUGAGCCUGCCAGCUCCCUGGAGGGUUCCCAGAAGCCCUACACAGAGAAGAGGCCGCCCGCUCCCAGUUCCCAAGUAGGACCGCCCGGGAAAGACCUUCAGGGGGCCGCAGAGGAGAGAGGAAAAGCCGAGGAGUCCUCGGAGAGCACGGAAGGCUUCCGGGCCACAGAGCAAGGCAGCCAGAAGCCUGCUGCCGACCCCCCGGCCUCCGCUGGCACCCCUGCCAAGCCCCCAACUUCUGUGCCUGCCCCGUGGGAUGGGAGGAAGAGAGGGGACCCACUGGGGGAGCCAGCUGCCUUCCCCCAGGGGCUGCCGGCCGGCGCGGAGGAGCAGCGCCAGUUCCUCACAGAGCAGUGCAUCGCCUCGCUCCGCCUGUGCCUCAGCCGCUUCCCUCAGCACUACAAGAGCCUCUACCGCCUGGCCUUCCUCUACACCUACAGCAAGACCCACCAGAACCUCCAGUGGGCCCGUGACGUGUUGCUAGGUAGCGGUAUCCCGUGGCAACAGCUGCAGCACAUGCCGGCACAGGGGCUCUUCUGCGAGAGGAACAAGACCAAUUUCUUCAACGGCAUCUGGCGGAUCCCCGUGGACGAGAUCGACCGGCCGGGCAGCUUUGCCUGGCACAUGAACCGCUCCAUUGUGCUGCUGCUCAAGGUGCUGGCCCAGCUCCGGGACCACAGCACCCUGCUGAAGGUCUCCUCCAUGCUGCAGCGGACCCCGGACCAGGGCAAGAAGUAUCUGCGAGAUGCUGACCGCCAGGUCCUGGCUCAACGGGCCUUCAUCCUCACUGUGAAGGUGCUGGAGGACACACUGAGUGAGCUUUCGGAGGGGUCAGAACGCCCAGGGCCCAAGGCCUGUGGCUUCCCCGGAGCCAGGAUGACCACCGACGUCUCCCACAAGGCCAGUCCUGAGGAUGGCCAGGAAGCCCUCCCGCACCCCAAGAAGCCCCCUCUGGCUGAUGGCUCAGGGCCAGGGGCCGAGCCAGGGGGCAAAGCAGGCCCCCACAACCACCGGCCUGUGGCUGUAGACGCAGGAGAUGGUGCAGACCAGGGCGGGGAGCGGAAGGACAAGGAGAGCCCCCGGCCAGGCCCCACAGAGCCCAUGGACACGGGGGAGGCCGCCACCCGUGGCUCGGACUCGGAGCGGGCGCCACCCCUGCAGCCAGGCCACCCCCCAAGAGACUGGGGCCCCGAGAGCCGGCCAGCCGAGCUGUCCCUGGAGGAGCUGAGCAUCAGCGCCCGGCAGCAGCCCAGCCCGCCCACACUGGCCCCACCAGCCACCGCCGCUGCCCCAGCCACCACCCCUGGACCCAGGACAGGCAGCCACCCUGAGGAGGCACCUCCACGGCCCAGCCGCAAGAGGAAGCUCCUGGAGGACACAGAGUCUGGCAAGACCCUCCUGCUGGACGCCUACCGAGUGUGGCAGCAGGGCCAGAAGGGCGUGGCCUAUGACCUGGGCCGCAUCGAGAGGAUCAUGUCCGAGACCUACAUGCUCAUCAAGCAGGUGGACGAGGAGGCUGCGCUGGAGCAGGCCGUGAAGUUCUGUCAGGUCCACCUUGGGGCCGCCGCCCAGAGACAGGCUGCAGGGGACACACCCACCACCCCAAAGCACCCUAAGGACAGCCGAGAGAACUUCUUCCCUACAGCUGUGGCCCCUGCAGCCCCCGACCCCAUGCCGGCGGAUACCCCUCAGCGGCCCAGCGAUGGCCACACCAAGCCUCGUCCUGCUCAGGCUGCCGCCCCGGUUGUUGUCACCUGUCCUCCCUCAGCGUCAGCCUCUACCCCAGACCCGUCCAAGGAUCCCGGGCCCCCACGGCCACACAGGCCCGAGGCCACCCCCAGCAUGUCCUCUUUGGGCCCAGAGGGAGAAGAGCUGGCAGGAGGGGCGGAGGGCACCGGCUUCCUGCCCCAGGAGCCGCGGUGCAGCGAGCAGGUGAAGACGGCCCCCGAGGGCCCUCCAGCAGAGCCGCACUGCUGGCCAGCAGAGGCGGCCCCCCGGACAGGCGCCGAGCCCACGUGCAGCCAGGUUGCCAGCUCCAAGGUGCCCAGUGGUGGGAGUGCCCAGCCACCCGAGGGCCACCCGGGCAAGGCUGAGCCCGGCCGGGCCAAAUCACGCCUCCUGCCCAACAUGCCAAAGCUGGUCAUCCCCUCGGCCACCACCAAGUUCCCCCCUGAGAUCACCGUCACGCCGCCCACCCCGACCCUGCUCUCGCCCAAAGGCAGCAUCUCAGAGGAGACCAAACAGAAGCUGAAGUCAGCCAUCCUGUCUGCCCAGUCGGCUGCCAAUGUGAGGAAGGAGAGCCUGUGCCAGCCGGCCCUGGAGGUCCUGGAGACGUCGAGCCAGGAGUCCUCGCUGGAGAGUGAGACAGAUGAGGACGAUGACUACAUGGACAUCUGAGGGCCACUCCCCACGCACCACCACCACCCACACCCCCCCCCCACCCCGCCCGGCAGGGCGUCCCCACCGCAGGGCCACAGGCCACGGGAGCCCAGCAGGGCCCGCCUCCUUUUUUAUGAAGUGUUUUUCUUUGUAAACGUGACUGCCCCCAGCCAGGCGGCCGCGUCCACCCUCCGCGGGCUCUGCCUGGGUCACGGCAGCGGAGGGUCCUUUUUUGGUUGCUUUUCUAAUAAA